AUGGUAUUGUUGCGAUAUCCUAUAACUAACAUACAUGUUCGUCAGUUAGCUAAGAGUUCCCGUCCAACUAAAAUAAAACAAGUAUCUAAUUCAAACAGGAAGAAAUAUGCAUUUUAUGAUUUAGUACUUCGUACCCCUUCCCAUCCACAACAUCCAAUAGAAGCCAAUCUUAUGACAAAUUCAGAAUUAACUAAAUUGAAAAGUCAUACAAAAACUAGAUUUUAUGGUAAUUAUAAACUUGAUACUAGUAUAAGUAAUGAAGAUAAAAUAGCUAAAGUCUUUGGAGGUAGAAUUAAAGGAGAAGAUAGACAAUCAUCAAGUAGAAUGUUAAUUGGAGAAAGUAAAAUUAUUGGUGGAAUUAAUGUACCUGAUAAACCAAAUGAACCAGAUAAUUGUUGUAUGAGUGGAUGUAUUAAUUGUGUUUGGGAAUUAUUUGAUGAAGAUAUUAAAGAUUGGAAUGAAAAGAGAAAAUUAGCUGCUAAAAAAUUAAUUGAAAAAGGUGGUAGAUGGCCAGAAAAUUUCCAUCCUCCUUUAAAAUAUUUAAAUAGAGAAAAUUUCCCAUUAAGUUUAUCAAAUAAAUCAGAUAAAGAAUUAGGAAUUGAUAAAAAACAUCAUCAUGAUGAUGAGAACAAUAUUAUUCAAGAUGAUGAAGCUUGGGGAAAUGUUCCUAUUUCAAUUAGAGUAUUUGCUGAAGUUGAAAAGAAAUUAAAACAAAAGAAGAAAUUACAACAACAACAACAACAACAGCAAUGA